AUGUUUCCUAAUAAUAUGAACUAUGCCGCGGGACAAAUUCCUCUGGGUCGUGUGAAUAGUAAUUUGAACGAAAGUGCAAUAGCAAUGGAUGGCGCUUCGCAUCCGUCUCCCUUCAAUUUUACACCAAUAAUAGACGAAUCUAAGGCCUUCGAGAGGUUUAACUCCAGAAGUAACUCUAGUUCCAGUUCUAGUAGUAAUAGUAUAAUGAGUAAUAGUACUAUUGAAUCGAUGAGCUUCAUGGACACUUUGGAAUAUGACUUGAAUCCAAUAAAAUACAAGAACGAUAUAAGUAAAUUGUUUGAAGAUGAUGUAUUAUAUUGUCCAAGAUCCCUACUGUCAAGUGCAGAGUUGCAAAAAUGCGAACAAUUUGACAAAAUGUUACAGAAUAGGUUCAGCAACGAACAAAGUCAUCUAUCUCCUAUUCAACAACAACAACAACAACAACAACAACAGAUCAUCAAUAAAAACUUUAAAUAUAAUCCAUACACUUCCAAAAGUUUCAACCCAAGUAAUUAG